AUGGCAAAUUGGAUUUUAGAAGAGCAUUGUCCUCUCAUCAAAGUAGAACGAAAUUAUGGUCUUUUGGGAAAGACGAAAAUAUAUUUAUCGAUACAAAAUCCCGACACAUUAAAAAUUGAUUGCUUACCUGUAACUUAUACUACCCAAUCUGUUCCCGAUUUUAACAGUCUUGAUCACCGCGCGCUAUGCAAAUCACAGGAUGAUGUUAUUUCAUUCUCAUCAGAAGAAGAUGGUUGGGUUAUAAUCAAUUUACAACAAAUUGGAUAUUACCGCGUUAACUAUGAUGAUGAGAAUUGGCGAAGAAUUUCAUAUUAUCUAUACUAUUAUGAUUUUACGACAAUUCAUGUUCUUAAUCGUGCCCAAAUUAUCGAUGAUGUAUUUCAUUUAGUGAUAGCAGGUCACCUCAACGCCUCUAUAUUCUGGAAUAUCACAUUGUAUUUGGGUAAAGAAGAAGAUUAUAUCGCAUGGUAUCCUAUGUUUAAAGCUCUGGAAUACAUGUUUGGUACUUUUCCAGUGGAAGAAAAUACUGAAAAAUUUGCGACUUUUGCCAUGGUGGACGGCAUGGACAUAUUGUAG